AUGUCACUGAAAGACCAGCUAUUGAAGCUCAAGAAAUGCAGAAGGGCCAUCCAUUCGGGACAUAAGGGAAGAGUGAGAUUUGGAGACACAGAGGAUAUGGAUGAUGAGAUGAUUCUUGAUCUUGUUCCGAUUCAGACUCCAUACACGGGGGCUAGGAGCCUAUCUUUUGAUCGACAGAGGCAAACGGAGGAAAAGGAAGAAAGAUUUAACAGGAAGUUUUCGAAAUUCCUAAAGGAACUAGUGAGGCAUGGAAACACGAACGACAUCGAAUACUUGUUCGACUAUCUUGUGAGGAGAUACCAAUGUGACACAUUCAACUCAAAAGAGAUGAUUUUUUUCCUGCUUCCAUUCACAAAAUACUACGAGCAUGUUUUGCACCUGAGCAGAAUAUCCGACUUCAACUACUUUUCUGUGCAGCCGACAUACUCAUACCAAUUCAUCGGAAAUCUCUGCCUGAGGGAAAAGUACUUUUUCGACUUUUUUGUGGAGUACUUUGAGCACUUCAAGUACAUACGGGAGUUCUGCCUUAAUGUGCUUGGAUAUGUAAUCUCCGGGAUGAAAAAUGCAGACAAGGAUUUUUCGAUGCAAUUCUUUGAGAUAAUAUCUCACCUAGUUAGGUUAGAGGAAAAUGAUACAGCGGUAAAAGUCUUUUUUGAUAUAAGAGACCAUGUUGAAGAAGUCAUUGAUGAGUUUGUUGAGUUACUCGAGCCGCAUUUCAGUAAGGAAUAUCUCAUAUCAAGAAGGCCCAAAAAUGUGGAACAUAAGAUAAGCAUUCCGCGCGAGGAAGCUGUACUUUUCAGAAAUAUGUAUGACAGCGAGGAUGACAGAAGGAUUCUGGGAGAUAGUAGUAGAUACAAGAACUACGUUAUAUGGUUGCAUAGAGAAGGUCUGGCCUUGAAGUCGUUCAGUGAACCGGAAUUCGAAGCCUUGAAAGUUCUGUGUGGAAUUGAAGAUAAAAGGAUCGAUGGAGACAUCUCUAUCUAUGCUAAUCUGUUCAAGGAGUUGAGAGACAGGAGAGGGCUUAUUGAGCUAUUGAACUAUAGCUUUCGCGAGGACAUUCUCGCACUUACUCCGUACAUGGGGGAUGAUGACAAGGCAUAUCUAUCACAGCUGUCACCACGGUUAUGGGAAAGUGUGAUAACCGAGAACAACUAUGCUAUGGUUCUGACGAACAUGCCAAGAAGAGCCAUCAAAGAGGAUUUAAGGAAGAUUAUGAAAGUUUGCUUAGGAUAUGUAAAGUACGAAGGAUCUGUGUUUACGGAGUACCUGGAUGAGAAUGUACUUUUUGCGCUAAUGGAAGAGUGCCUAGAGGAUAUCCCUGCAAAAAAUAUUAUCGACACAGCCAGGUUUAUGGGCAUAGAUUUAACAUCCAUAAUUGUUGAGAAGGGAUUUUAUACCAAUCCAAUAUAUCUGAACCAUCUCUCUGAAGAGCCAAGAAGCUUGAAAGUAGAAAUGAGUAGAAAGAUAUUCGAAGACAUUAUGAAACUCCCUUCAAAAGCAUGUAUAGAUGCACUGUGUAGAUAUGUGCGUCAAAUAGAUGACAGAAAGCUUAUAAAUGAUGUCUUGGGAUGUCUAAUAGAGAAAGGAUUCUCCAAUCCAUCAUUCUACUCUGCGCUGGCAUCCCACAUAGAAGUACUGAGUGAGGAAAACUGCGAAAGGAUUUUAGAUCUAAGGGGAUUCUCAAAGGAAAAUCAUUGCAUUGUGGAUAGGCUGUACAGGUAUCGGGAAAGUGUGGCUGCUGAAUGUCUUGCAGAAAAACAUUACGAUGCCCUCCUGUUUUUAUGUAAAGGAUACGGGUUCUCUAAAGUUCUUGGAAAUAGAAGUGAUGAGAAUAUGAUAGACUUCAUUGAGGUGCUGUCGAAGCAGAAUUUACCUCUAGAGGAAGCGGAGGAGUUCAUCCGCUAUUCUUUCUCUCUGAUCAAAUUUGGAGGAGAGAGAAUAGUCAAAGCAUUGUUUCAAGAUAGAUAUGUCCCACACCUUAUCAAGUGCAGCAUGCUGAGGGAGUGGAAAACGAUAAAAGCCAUGGCAAUCGAGUUGAUUGUCGAACACAAUCAGCACAGGCAAUUCUGCUUUGAUUACUUCCUUGAUAACUACCAUGACUUCAAGAACGAUUUUGACCUUCUGGACGUGAUUGCAAGAGACGGAAUUACCAUAGAUUAUGGGAAGCUUUUAGAAGUCCUGAAGGGCUCUGAGAGUUAUUUCAAAAGUAGUUUUUCGGACAUUCUUUUGAGAAACCUUUCAUUCGAUUCCCUGAGAUUUGUACCUGUGAUUGUUCCAAGCAUGAUAGAGCACAAGAAGGAAUCUGUUAGAAUACUCUUUAAGGAGCAUGGGAACAUCAUGAGUCCUUAUGUUAAAGACAUUCUUCUAAAAUUCCCGGAGAUAGAAGAAUGUAUGUUUGAGAUCGAUUCUCGGCAUCUUCUUAUAGGAUCCAUAAAGGCAUACACAGACGCACCGAACGAUCAUCAUCUUGACUUCAUGUGUAGGGCACUUGAUUUAUCAGACACAUCGUUAUCUUUGCCUAUACUUAAGAGAGUUGCGGGGUUCCUUGACGCAAAUGUCUCAAGAGUAAAAGAUAAACUCUUUACAAAGUUCUUCGGAACCUAUCUAAAAGCAUGUCCUGAGGCAGACGAAAGCAUCCGGUCUCUUUUAAAGACACUCUAUGAAAGUAAUAGAGACGUCUUUUUCGAGGUAUCUAAGGUAUCUCUUCCCCUGUGCUACAAAAUCUUCAGGCCAUAUGCAGACUUUAUGAUCGGAAUGGUCAAAGAAAAAGACAGAAAUGCAAUAACGUUUAUAACUGAAUAUUUACAUUGGGAUCUGGAAUAUUGUAUUCCUCACCGAAAAUUGUUCGAGAUGCUUUUUGGGUUCUAUUGUAACGAGCCCGACAUUCUGUAUGCAAAAUGCAUCAGUAGUAUUCUCAGACACAAUCCAAAAGAAAUUGAAGAUGCUAACGACCUAAUACUCAGUAAGAUGAAAGGAGACAAGGCUGUCAUGAUUUUGGAGCUACUUCAGGUAUUAUACCAGAAGGUGCACCACUUUAAGAAAUGCCUUGUAAAAAGCUCGCCAUACUUUGCUUUGGUUGUGGACAGCACAAGAAAAGAUAUCUCAAGCGCUGCUAGGAAGUUGCUUAAUAUAAUUGAAAGAAAGCACAAUAAGGGUGGAUAUCAACUACUCCAACUAUAA